AAUUUAUAUUGGAUGACAUGAAGCACAUUUGACAAUUGCGCGUUCACUCGUUGAUGAAUCUGGCUAUGAUAUCAUGAUAUAGUAAUAUGAGCGUCACAACUAACCAUUGGAGGGACUGGCAUUCUUAUAAACAAAUCUAAUGGUUGGAGACCCAUAUCCUUAUGAAUAAUUGUUUAUAAAAAUUUGGGUUUCUCCAACCAACCACUGUCAAUUGAUUUUUAUUGUGAAAUUCAUAUUACUAUAUCAUGACACCAGAGUCAGGUCCACCCACACAACGAUACACGUUUUCCAUGUUACCAAAUAUAAGUUGUCCAUGUGUAUAAUUUGAAUGCAAGUCCUCAAUAAUUCAUGUAAUUUUUUCAUGAGUCACUCACACACACACAUAUAUAUAACUAAACUGAUAUUACCAUAUAAGAUACACACAUCAAGGUUCAGGUUAUCAAUCAUCUGCAGUGUCCAUAUUUUCAAAAAUUUCUCAAGACUAGCUUUCAGAAAUCCUAUCCUGCCCAAUAUAUAUCAUAUAUGUCUAGCAAGUAGGUACCCGAUGAAGACCCUAUGAUGAGCAUCACUCGGAGAAGCAAGUACAAUUCUGACAAUGUUGAGGCGCAACCGCGAGAUCCCCUGGGGAGAGAUCGAGAUCCCCUGUGGAGAGAUCCAGAUGCAGUUUCAACAAAACAAAAAUUGGAAGAAACACUUCUUUCAGUUUCAUUCUGGAAUACGAUGUUCGUAAUUACAUGUGUGAUUGCGGUCUCAUUAGACCCGUUGUUCUUCUACAUUCCGGUCAUCAAUGAAGAACAAAAGUGCCUUGCAGUAGACAAAGAGUUGAGGACUAUAGCUCUCACUUUGCGAUCGCUCACUGAUGUCACUUUCGUAGUGAAUAUCAUAUAUCAUGUUUGCAAAGCCAUUAACGAUGCGUACAAAGUACACAAAGAAAAAAAGUCUGAUGAAUUGGCAUCGGAUUGGGAAUUUUCGAAGGUAUCAGCAGCUGAGAUAAUUCCAUUUGCUAAAUUAGUUGCUGGGAAGCUAGCAUGGCACUCUACGCUGACCAGCAUUUUAGCUGUUUUUCCCACGCCACAACUGCUUCUAGUAUUUGUCUUCUUCAAAAUGAGAGGCCAUGGAUACUGGGAGCAUAGAAAGACUCUAAACGUCUUUCUCCUAGCUCAGUAUCUGCCAAGGAUCUAUCGAAUUUACCUAUCAUCUCACAAACUCAGACAAACUACUGGAAUAUGGACUAAAGCUCUGUUUAAUUUUUUUCUAUAUAUCCUUGCAAGUCAUGUUGUUGGAGCUUUUUGGUACUUGUUUUCUGUUCAACGAGAAACGUCUUGUUGGCAUCGGGCAUGUGUAAAUAAUAAUACAAAUGUUGAAGGAUGUAUGAGUACCUUAUACUGCGAGGGUCACAAUACUACUGCAAGAAAUGCCACAUUCCUCAAUCACUUGUGUCCUAUAAGUGGUGAAGAGAAUUCUAAUACCCCUUUUGAUUUUGGAAUAUAUUUGGAUUCCCUCAAAAAUGGUAUCACGGGGGAUAUACAAUUUGGAACGAAGUUAUCUUAUUCUUUUUGGUGGGGAUUGCGUAAUCUAAGUAAUUUUGGCACGAAUCUUGAAACAAGUUCUUAUGUGUGGGAAACUUGCUUUGCAGCUUUUAUUUCUGUCUUCGGCUUGCUACUAUUUCUAUAUCUGAUUGGAAAUAUACAGACAUUUCUGUCCAUGGAGACUCAGAGACGGGAGCAGGACAUGAGAAACAAGAUACAAUUGGUAGAGAAUGAUAUAGCAAGAUGGAUGGACAGAAAUGACCUCCCAGACAAAAUGAAGAAAGUAAUUAUGAAGAACAUAGAGCAAAAACUGAGAGAGAACAAAGAUGCUGAUCCUGAGGAUCUUUUCUUUAUUCUUCCAACCUAUACCCAAAAGUAUCUGAAGCGUUUCCUCGGCAUGAAACUGCUAAAGAAAGUACCGAAGCUUGCAAGGAUGGAUGAAAGAGUAUUGGGAAUGGUGUGUGACUAUCUAAAGCCAGUGGUGUAUGCCGAGGGCUCCGUGGUUUUACAAAUGGGAGAUCCACUAUGUAGCAUGCUACUCAUUACAGAAGGCACAUUAUUGACAUACAGAACUACCAGUAAUGAUAGUCACGUUGCAAUUGAAAACGCAAAAAUGGGUAGUAUUUCAAGUUCCCCGUCAGUGGGCAUGCUUGAAAAAGAUGACAUUUACGGCGCCGAAGAACUGAUCGAGUGGGUAACACAAAAGAAGGAUUUAGGCCAGCUUCCCGGCUCUGCCUUCAAUGUGAAAUGCGAUUCAAAAGUAGAAGGCUUUGUUCUCACGGCCAAGGACUUGAGAAGUGUAGUUUCCAAAAACGAAAACUGGUGGAAAAUUGGCAUUAGCAAGUCAGACCACAGCAUAUGCUAGGAUUGUAUGCGGAAACCUGGAGUGAAUCCCCAGUACUAGCAGAGACCUGGAGCACUUAAUUUUUACCUCUCCAUGGCGGCUGGUCUCCUGGAGGCAGUGCUAUGUGAUUUUAGAUCUAUGGUUUUUUUGGUUAUUGUUGGACUUUUGAGCCUCCGUUUGUUCUUUUCUGGAAGAUGUAGGUUAAUCAAGUUUUUGUCUAUUGGGCUCUAGGCCUAGGACCCUUGCUUCCUCAUGUACAUCUGCAUCUAUAUUUGUAUUAUGUUUCUGUUAAUGAAUGAACUAUUUGACCCAAAAAAAAAAAAAAAGACAAAACCAAUGAUCACCUGCUUAUGUAUGUAUUUAUUUAGUUAUUAGCUAGAAACAAGGUGCUGAAGGUGAAAUAAUUGAGGGGAAAUGGCGGAUUUGUCUCCUAAAGACUAGUAUGUAAUUGUCAUAUUGAAUUGUAGUAUAUUU